UCAGUGCUGCGUUUCCAUGCAGGCGGGAUGCUUUUAUUCUGAAUAAAACUGUGAGCGGAAGUCAGGGUUUUGUAUGAGAUGAACCUGCGGACAGUGUGUGGAUAAUACACGGUCGUGCUCUGCGUUGUCUCCUCUGCCGCACACAGAAAUUUGUACUGACACAUAGAGGAGGAUGUCUGCAAUGGUGAAAAAUCCUUUUCAGCAUAUAGUUGAGCCUCUGGACCCCAAGGACCCAAAGCAGCAGUUUUACAAUCUUUCCAAACUUGGAGAUCCCAGAUAUGACCGUCUGCCAUUCUCCAUCCGGGUCCUCCUGGAGUCUGCUGUCAGGAACUGUGAUGAGUUUCUGGUGAAGCGCUCAGAUGUGGAAAGCAUCCUCAACUGGAAGCAGACCCAGACUCAAACUGUGGAGGUACCAUUCAGACCAGCCCGUGUCAUCCUCCAGGACUUCACUGGUGUCCCUGCUGUGGUGGACUUUGCUGCCAUGCGUGAUGCAGUGAUGGAACUAGGCGGUGACCCAGAGAAGAUUAAUCCCGUUUGCCCUGCUGACCUCGUCAUCGAUCAUUCCAUCCAAGUGGACUUUAACAGGAAGUCUGAUAGCCUUCAGAAAAACCAGGACUUGGAGUUUGACCGCAACAGAGAGAGAUUUCAGUUCUUAAAGUGGGGCUCUAAAGCCUUCAGGAACAUGCGAAUCAUUCCUCCUGGUUCAGGGAUCGUUCACCAGGUCAACCUAGAGUACUUAGCUCGAGUGGUGUUUAACUAUGAUGGGUACUUCUACCCCGAUAGCCUGGUGGGCACAGACUCCCACACCACCAUGAUCGAUGGACUGGGAGUGCUGGGCUGGGGUGUUGGUGGAAUUGAAGCGGAGGCUGUUAUGCUGGGUCAACCAAUAAGCAUGGUACUGCCUGAAGUGGUGGGAUAUAAGCUGUGCGGGAUCCCAGACAAGCUCAUUACCUCCACUGACAUUGUCCUCACUGUUACUAAGCACCUCCGUCAGGUGGGUGUUGUGGGGAAGUUUGUGGAGUUUUUUGGCCCAGGUGUUGCUCAGCUGUCCAUCGCUGACCGAGCCACCAUUGCCAACAUGUGCCCAGAGUACGGAGCCACAGCAGCUUUCUUCCCUGUGGACGACGUCAGCAUUCAAUACCUCAAGCAGACCGGACGAGAAGCCGAAAAGCUGGCCUACAUUACAAAGUACCUGAAGGCAGUGGCCAUGUUCAGAGACUACACCAAUGUCUCUCAGGAUCCAGAUUUCACUCAGGUUGUAGAGCUGGAUCUGACUACAGUGGUUCCAUGCUGCAGUGGUCCCAAAAGACCUCAGGACAGAAUUUCUGUGUCCGACAUGAAAAAAGACUUUGAAACCUGCCUGGGAGCAAAGCAAGGGUUCAAGGGUUUCCAAGUGGCCCCCGAGCGUCACAGCACCGCGGUCCCCUUCCAGUUUAAUGGAAAAGAGUAUACGUUAAGCCAUGGCUCAGUGGUCAUCGCGGCUAUCACCAGCUGCACCAACACCAGCAACCCAUCUGUCAUGCUUGGAGCAGGACUCCUUGCAAAGAAGGCAAUAGAGUGUGGCUUGAGUGUGAAGCCGCACAUAAAGACCAGCCUGUCGCCUGGCAGUGGAGUGGUCACCUACUACCUAAAGGCGAGUGGUGUUAUGGACUACCUCUCUCAGCUGGGCUUUGAGGUUGUUGGCUACGGUUGCAUGACCUGUAUAGGCAACAGUGGGCCGCUCCCAGAGGCGGUGGUGGAGGCCAUAACUCAGGGAGAUCUGGUUGCUGCAGGCGUCCUAUCAGGAAACAGAAACUUUGAAGGGAGAGUCCAUCCCAACACCAGAGCAAACUACCUGGCUUCUCCACCACUCGUCAUUGCCUAUGCAAUAGCCGGCACAGUGAGGAUAGACUUUGAGAAAGAGCCCAUUGCCAUUAACUCUGAAGGCAGAAAGAUUUUCCUGAGGGAUAUCUGGCCCACACGGGAGGAGAUCCAAGCUGUGGAGAGAACAUUUGUCAUCCCAUCAAUGUUCAAAGAAGUCUACGAGAAGAUUGAGAAAGUGAAUGCACGUUGGAACUCUCUGGUUGCUCCCUCUGACAAGCUGUAUACCUGGGACCCCAAAUCAACCUACAUCAAGUCACCACCGUUCUUCAAGGGUUUGACCAUGAAGCUGCAGCCGCCCAAGUCCAUAAAUGACGCCUACGUGCUGCUGAACUUGGGAGACUCGGUUACCACAGACCACAUUUCUCCUGCAGGGAACAUCGCCAGGAACAGCUCUGCAGCACGCUACCUGACCAACAAAGGUUUGACCCCUCGUGACUACAACUCAUACGGCUCACGCCGAGGUAACGAUGCUGUCAUGGCCAGAGGAACGUUUGCCAACAUCCGCCUCUUUAACAAGUUCCUCAACAAGCAGGCGCCACAAACCAUUCACCUGCCAACUGGAGAAACGCUGGAUGUGUUUGAUGCUGCAGAGAGAUACCAGCAGUCCGGUGUCCCUCUGCUGGUUCUAGCAGGGAAGGAGUACGGCUCAGGCAGCUCCAGAGACUGGGCAGCAAAGGGCCCCUUUCUACUGGGUAUUAAGGCAGUUGUAGCAGAGAGCUAUGAGCGGAUCCACCGCAGUAACCUGGUUGGGAUGGGAGUGAUUCCUCUGGAGUAUCUUCCAGGAGACACUGCUGACAGCCUGGGACUGACCGGCCGAGAGCGCUACACCAUCAUCAUCCCUGAGCAGCUCACACCCAGGAUGAUAGUGGACGUGAAGCUCGACACAGGGAAAACAUUCCAAGUGCGGAUGAGGUUCGACACCGACGUGGAGCUGGCGUAUUUCCACCACGGAGGCAUCCUCAACUACAUGAUCCGCAAGAUGUCCGAAAACUAACAUGCCAAGUACAGCACAGCUCCAGUCCAACAUGACAUCACCGUAGUGAGUUCAUGUAACGGUUGACAGAAGAAUACCAUCCAAAAAGAAUCCAGUCAUUGUCCAUGUUUGGUUUAAAGAGCCACUUACAGCGAGCUGGUUUACAGCCAGAAAACACAACAUAUCAAAAUAUUCUCAUUUUUGAGAAAGCUGCUACUUCUUUUAAUUUUAUAGCAGACCUGGAGUGAAUAUAUAUUAGAUGUGAAUAUUUAGUUAAGAUAUGCAAGGUAAGAUGAUGCUCGAUUUAAAGAUAAAACGUCCGGUCGACCCGAUGUCCUCCAGUAUUUAAUUUUCCUAUGAUGAACACAUUCCUACCUGCUCUCUGUGGGGGUCUAUGGUUAAAGGUUUUGUGUCAGGGUUUCAGAGACAGCAGUACUUUUUGAGCGAUAAAGAUGAACAAGGCAAAGGAUUAUUCCAGUUUACUACAACUUGGGUCUUAUUUUUGUAUUUUCUGCCUUUAUUUUAUCAGUUAUGAUAGCCUUUAAUUGCUAAUAACUAGAACUGGAUUUAAAAACGUGUGCCUUUAUGGUACCAACCGAUAAGAUUUGAUACGAUAGUACCAAGUAUCGAUACUUAAGAAGGUAAUCCUGUCAGCCCCAAGUAAGGAUUCCCCCAAAACUUGUUUGUGAAUGCAGACUGUUUCUAAAUGAGUAAAAACUUGUAUUUUUAAGGCAAGUUCUUCUGUCAGUACUGAGGAAACAAGGUAGUGAGAUUAGCAGAGCAGACGCUCUGACAGAAGAGAAAAUGAAACCAUCCAAAGUGUGGUUACAUUUUACGAGUCAAUGACGGCAGUGCUUAUUGACAGAAGUGCAAGUUACAGUAUUCCACUGAUCAACAGGUGGCAGCAAUGUGCCAACAAAGGCAGGGAAGAAGAAGCUAGUAGACACUGAUGUAAACAAUGCAUUGGUUUCAAACUUUUAAGAAAUAUCUGCUUUGCAAAUGUUUUAUGAGGAAGGAAAUGCAUUGGACACGUGUGUUAGGCCUCAACGAUUCACACAAUGUGGCUUGGUGAGAAACACUGUUUACAAGAAAACUCCACAGGGCACCUUUAACCCCUGGUCCCAUCUUCAUCCACAGCUGGUCUGUUUGACGCAGCCAUGCAGAGCUCAUGAAGCUGGUGAAGAGUUCUGAACAAGCUAAAAACAAAACCUAACUGGAUGAAGCGGUUUAAAGAUUUGAUUAAUUCUUGAAGACUUUGAAGCUGAGACCAAGCAGACCCCCUUCCUUCUAGUGGUACCUUCCAGGCACUGACUCUCUUCACAUUUAUGUUCAUUCUGCUCUUAUUUUUCUUUUCCUUGCACAUUAAUCAUAAACAGAUAAAGCACUGGACUGAUAAGAGUAGUGUCAUUAAAGUCCUAACAAUGCCCAUCCCUAGUUAGAAAUAACAAAAAGACCCAUGUUGUAAUAAACCAGAAUCGUUCUUUAAUAACCAGGACCAUGUUGAGAUUCAAAGUUCAGUCUUGACCUUGAACUUUAUGUACAUGCCAGCAUGGACGGCAAGUCCUUUAAGUGCUCAGGAAAAAAAAUGGAAAAUUGGACAUGUCAUCAGCUAUAAAUCAUAAAGGAAGAAAUGUGACUAGACUGUGAGAGUAGAAUACUGUUCAAUGGUUACCUUACAUCGCACAUGGCAGCGUGACAGCAUUAUUCCCAUUUCGACCCACUUCAGUUGUUUUCAUUAGAUCCACCUCUGUGGUGGCCUUUUCAGGUUGUCAGUUUUAUUCACAACCAAAUUAAUUUUAAAUUCAUGUUCUCUUUUCUGAUUACUGUAAAGAAAACCUGCCUGUUUGUUCUUCCAAACUUAAUUUUAAUGUUAUUGACUGCCUUAAUAACUAUGUGACUGUCGUAAUUAAAAAGGUGUUUGUGUCUUCUUGCUCUUUUAUGCUGAAGCUCUGAUGAUUUUGAUUCUGAAAACUGACAAAACCAUGUUUUUGUUUAACUGUUCCAUGUUCACUACACUCUGAAAAAUAAAAUAAAAUGUGAUUAUUUUUUUUUGGCGGAGGGGGAAAUAGUUUUCCUGUCAUUAAUUUGCUUUGUCAUUCUUAAAUUUCUGUUUCUAUUUUAAUUGUAUUUAUUUGUAGAAGGUAGUAACAUAAAUGCAUAUUGUACCAGUCAACUUGAAGCUCAUCUGUAAUCCCUUGGCAGUGCUCUAAACUAUGAGACUAUAUUGGAAUGCUUUUAUUUUUUUAAUACACUGGAGAAUAUGAGCCUUAAAAUAGUCCCCACAUGCUCUUAAAGACCAUAAAUAGGCGGUUUGUACACUGCUGUCACUGAUCCUGGAUUACUUUAAAAGACUUUUGGAGAACAAAGUGAGUUUUUAAGCCGCUGUAUCUACAGUACACUUCUUCAAACACUUGUAGGAGAAAUGAGAGCUUUGUGGAUGGCUGAGUUGUCUCUGUACCUUCAUACUGUGAGUGGGAACAUUUUCUGUCUAGUCUUCAUUUUACCAGCUGGACAGUCCACUGAGCUGGAACACAGUACUGGCAGAUUUGUACUGAAAUGCUGAUAAUAUGACCGGAAUUGUUGUAUUUCAGUUACACUAAAUACAAUAUACAACUCAAACAAG